AUGACUGAUAAAGGGGAAAGAACUAAGCUUUGUCGAGCGGGAUAUCGAAUGUCGAAAGACAUUGACGAACCUACAAAAGUGCCACUAUGGGUCACAGUUAACGCCGCAGACAGGGAACCCUCGGAGGAGUAUGAUGAGGAUGAUGAUGACUCGGAUGAAGAUGUUAGUGAAGGAGAAGUCGACCGUGCUUUGAAAAAGGCAUUAAAGCACGAUUACCAGAUUAUCCACGAACACAAACAUGUUGACUUAGAAGACUCUGCUAAGUAUUCCGGAGACACUGAAUCGUUAUCGGGAAACUAG